AUGGCAAACAACUCUCCAAGAAGAUAUUCCAGCUCCCAUGGAAUGGUAUUCCUCCGCAACAUUCCGGAGUUCUGGUUUGUUCAGGUGGAACUCGAUCCAGCUGUGGAACACCGGUUCUGCGAGUACGAAGAUGCUGUGAACCAAGGCAAAGCCAUAUUGACAAGAAGAGAUAACAGAGACAGUCCAGGUGUAUUUGCAGUCGAGUAUACCAUAAAAAACCGCGGAGAACUUUUCGACGGUCAAUAUGCAGGCGCAGACGCUCAGGAAAUCUUGCUAGAGGAGAUUGACAAGGCAAGGCUUGAGAGCCAGAGAUUACCACACACCAAACCCGCUCUUCACCCACGAUGA